AUGCUGCGCUACAGCUCGGGGCUGACGGUGACCCGCACUACGCCGAGGCAGCCGCAGAGCAGUCGGAAGCAACUUUACCAAACAUCUGGCGGAUUGUCUGCCGGGGACUUAAAGCACGGUGUUGUGUAUGGUGUAGUGCACCGGUCUGAUGACAACCAUAACAAAGAAAUGGUGGUUUAUGGAUGGUCAGCUCACCAACUGAAGGAAGAAAUGAGAUACAUACGAGAUGUGAGAUUAACAUUAGAAAGAGUAAGAAACAAAAUGUGUGGAGAAUACGAUGAAAUGAAACGCAAAAUCCAGCAGCUCUCAAGUGAGCUGGCGGUAUCGCAUGCUGAGCAGGCAUCCCUGGAAAACCACAUCCAGGUCCAUGCAGCAGCCCUGGAGAGUUUCCGCGAAAUGAGCAGUUCGCUGACCUCAGCCUCCAUUGAAUUGCAGAAAACCUUAGUUGAUGUUACUUUGGAGAAUACAGUUAUACGUGACCAGAUACAGAACCUGAAACAAACUCACGAACAGUCCAUGGAAAAACUGAAAGAAAAGCAGAAGCAACUGGAAACGGCUAAGGUGGAAAAUGAAUUGCUCCGCCUCAAGGUGGAAAGCUCACAGGAAGCAAAUGCAGAAGUCAUGAGAGAGAUGACCAGGAAACUAUACAGUCAGUAUGAAGAAAAGCUUCAAGAAGAAGAACAGAAACAUAAACUCGAGAAAGAAACCCUCCUUCUGGAAACGAAUCGUUUACUUACGGCCAUUGAGGAUGCCAAUAAGGAGAUGAGAGUUACAGAGACAAGUUUGCAGGAAAAAGACCAGCGAAUUGGAGAGCUGGACCGACUUAUCCGGCGCAUGGAAGAUGAACGCCAUCAGUUGCAAGAGCAAUUAAUAGAGUAUGAAAUGCAACUACAAGGAGCAGGUGUUUACAACCAGUCCAGCCAACCAAGGUCUCUCAAGUUGGAGGAAAUAACUGACAGUCUCCGAGAACGAAUCCGGCACCUGGACGACAUGGUUCUGUGUCAGCAAAAGAAAGUCAAGCACAUGGUUGAGGAGAUAGCGCUACAAAAGAGAAAGCUGAAACAAAAGGAAAUCUUUAUAUUACAACUUUUAGAGAAAAUCUCUUUUCUAGAGGGAGAGAACAAGGAACUGCAGGACCGUUUGGAUUACCUGAAGGAGACCCAAUCCAGGCCUGAGGUGGACACCAGAGACAUUGGGGUUGGAUGUGACCUCCCUGCCAGCCCUGAAAACGGAAGCCGACUGCCUCCUGAGGAGCUGAAGCCAGCCAGAACCUACCGCCCAUUCCUGCGGGUCCUGGAAUAUUCUUCCAAGCACCGUGUUUUGGGCCCAGCAGCCCCCUGCGAGGCGGCGGUCUCCCGGUUGCCCGACGGCGGCGAGCGCGUGCGCGAAUGCGCGGCCAGGCUGCGGGCGGCGGUGGCGGAGCGCGAGCGGCGGCGGCUGAGCGGCGGCGGCGACGCCCGGGGGGCGCUGCCCGGCCUCUCCUUGGCGGCGGCGGAGCGGGGCCGGCAUGGGGCCAGCCCGCGGCCCAGCGGAGCCCCCCGGAAUGAGAAGCAGCGCCCAGAGGACGCGUCGGCCGCCCGGCUGCCCCCCCUGCGCCACGCGCCUGUUCAGCUGCUGCCCCUGGCUGAAUCGGUGGUCCUCCAGGCCCGGCAGGAGGAGGCCCGGCAGGAGAUGCAAGCUAAGGUUGCUGCCCAAAAGCUGGCUGAAAGGCUUGGGAUUAAGAUGGUUCACUGUGAGCCAGAAGGGCAGAUGAUGACCGGCUACAGAGAAGUCAGGGAUGAAGAGAGAGACAGCUCAGCUGAGGACUGAUUCCAUAGAGCUGGCAGAUGAGAGACAGGCCUCACUGAAGACGUUCCCAAUGCUCAGAGCCUGUCUGGAGUGUGCUUUGCCUGGGGGUAGCAUCAGUGUUGCCUAAAGCUGCACAAUGUUGAGGAACCUGACUGUGGUUUGUGCUCAGCACAGCUCUGGAGCCUGAUGGCCGCUCAUCACAAGCAUUAGGAAAGGAGAGCAAUGCCUGGCCAAACAGGUUCCCAGGCACUGGGAUCAAAGAGCAGCAGUGCAGGUGUAGCAGAAAUCUGGCUGCCUUGGAAUCUUCUCUGGUGAGGGUUGAGCAAACACAGUUCAAGGCUGCAGUAUUAGUGUUAGUAUUAGUGUUGUUUUCUAC